AGCGUAGAGUCACGCUCAAUGAUAUACUUUGCUCAGAUCGAGGAGGGGUGAAGAGUAACAGAGCACAGGGUGUCUUAGGUUUAGCUUUACAAAGCCCCGCCCCUUUUGCCAGCCAUAAUAAAUACAAAAACUGGAGCAUUUCUGGAUGAAACUCCACAAAGUGCUUCAGCUUCGAGACACACGGCGGGGACUCUGCAAUGAAAGGAGCCAAAGCGGGCCUCCACAAUGGAAACAACCGUGUCAAGGACGUGCUGCCGCCCCCAGAAGAGAAGAUGGAGGAGCGGGGUCAGUGGAGCAACAAGUUGGAGUUCAUUCUGUCGGUGGCCGGCUCCAUCAUCGGCCUGGGCAACAUGUGGCGCUUCCCGUACCUCUGCUACAAGAAUGGAGGGGGUGCGUUCCUCAUCCCGUACCUGAUCUUCCUGUUCACCUGUGGCGUCCCCGUCUUCUUCCUGGAGACGGCGCUGGGUCAGUUCACCAGUCAGGGAGGAAUCACCUGCUGGAGGAAAAUCAGUCCUCUGUUUGAAGGUCUCGGCUACGGCACUCAGGUGAUUGUGACCCUCCUGAACUUCUACUACAUCAUCGUUCUGGCCUGGGGCAUUUUCUACCUCUAUUUCUCCUUUUCCGGGGACCUAGCCUGGUCCUCCUGCAACAACACAUGGAACACAGAAAACUGUGUCGAGUUCCAGAGAAGAAACACCUCCGUCGAUCAAACGGCACUCUUAAAUGCCACCUCUCCGGUCAUGGAGUUCUGGGAGAGAAGAGCACUGAGGAUUUCCCCGGGCAUUGACCAGAUGGGCUCUCUGAACUGGGACCUGGCUGUUUGUCUGCUCAUCGCCUGGGCCAUGUGCUACUUCUGCAUCUGGAAGGGGGUGAAAUCCACGGGAAAGGUGGUCUACUUCACCGCAACUUUCCCUUAUCUGAUGCUGACCGUGCUGUUGAUCCGAGGACUCACCCUGCCUGGGGCUGGGAUCGGGAUUCAGUUCUAUCUCUACCCUGAUUUGGGGCGACUGGCUGACCCACAGGUGUGGAUGGAUGCCGGAACACAGAUUUUCUUCUCCUACGCCAUCUGUUUGGGCUCUCUGACGGCUCUCGGAAGCUACAACAAAUACAACAACAACUGCUACAGAGACUGUCUGGCACUGUGCUGUCUGAACAGCGGGACCAGCUUUGUGGCGGGCUUUGCCAUUUUCUCCAUCCUGGGGUUCAUGUCUUAUGAACAGAACGUUCCGAUUUCAGAGGUGGCAGAGUCGGGCCCUGGUCUGGCCUUCAUCGCCUACCCACGUGCUGUGUCUAUGAUGCCCUUCUCUCCCCUGUGGGCCGCACUCUUCUUCAUUAUGAUUGUUUUUCUGGGGCUGGACAGUCAGUUUGUCUGCGUCGAGAGCCUUGUGACGGCCAUAGUGGACAUGUAUCCCACUGUGUUUCGACGGAAGAACCGCAGAGAGCUCUUCCUGUUAGCCGUGGUCCUUUUCUCCUUCCUCAUGGGUCUCAUCAUGCUGAUGGAGGGUGGCAUGUACGUCUUCCAGCUCUUUGAUUACUACGCAGCGAGCGGCAUGUGUCUCCUCUUCAUGUCCAUCUUUGAGACCGUCUGCAUCGCCUGGGUUUACGGUGCGGACCGCUUUUACGACAACAUUGAAGACAUGAUUGGCUACCGCCCGGGACCCUAUAUCAAGUACUGCUGGUUGUUCUUCACUCCAGCAACGUGCAUUGGAACCUUUGCCUUCUCCCUCAUUAAAUAUACCCCUCUUAAGUACAAUAAUGAGUAUGUGUACCCAUGGUGGGGUUAUGUCAUCGGUUGGCUGCUGGCUCUCUCUUCUAUGGUCUGCAUCCCGUUCUGGAUGGUUUUUAAGCUCAGCACAACCCAGGGAACUCUCAGAGAGCGAAUCCAAAUGCUCAUCACACCGUCCGAUGAUUUACCCAAAACCAAGAGGGAGCAGGAGAGACUGCUGGUCAUCUUUGCUCCUGACGGAGACACCGCCAGAACCGUAAACAGCUACUUCCCUGCCUCAGAAAAAGACUCCAAUGUUUAAAACACCUUCGAGGGCGUUAACGUACCUGCAUGGGUUUCUAAAGAUAACCAGAAAAUGCCCCAACAUCUACUUUAAUGUAGAAGUUGACUAAAAAAAAAGAGACUCAGAACAUUGAGCCUACUGAAAUAACUGCAUUUUUCAGGUAAAUCACUCCUCCCAAUCAAAUUUGACAGCUCAAUUGGACCUCAUUUGUACUGUGUAUAAAAUAUUUGUGUGUAACACAAAAAAUAAUAGUACCCAAUUUGAAUCACAUCUGUAAGAUAUUAUGGGAUUUACUAAUAUGUUGUUUUUUAGUCGACGCAAAUAAAUGAAAAUAUCCAGCGGGUAAAAUAAGUAUUGAACACGUCACCA